ACGAAACGUUUCACUAUGUCGACAUAACUAUAAUAACACGAUAUAAAACCGUCUAUGAUGGCUAUGAAGUACAUCUUUAUGAUUCGUCACAUCAUAUAAACACAGCCGCAGGUGCCUGAGAGCAAAAUUUGAUUAAACCCGACACGUCUCCGGUUAACAUUUGAACACAAAUUGGGAAUUCAUUGGCUGCAUGCAUGUAUAGACCACUGCAAUAUUUUAUUAAUGCCACUAAAUGCCCCAAGAGUCGUUUCGAAAUUGGGCCACGCCGAUUAAGUACGACUAUAUCAAAGUGAUGUGCGGCAAGGAUUGGAACUAAAGAUGCAUCAAUUCCAAAACCGAGUAAUAAUUUUUCUGCUCGUUUUCCUUCGUCGCAAUGGAUUCUGUUUGGAUUUCUGCUUCAAUGCUAGCCUCGAAGGCUCUCGGCUCAACAGUUCAGUUCUAAAGAGGACAAAGGUUUCGAACGAAAUUGAUUGCAUAAUAUCGUGCGUACAAGAACCAUGUUGCAGAUCUCUGAACUACAUGGAAAGAUUACCGCAAGAACACGCCAGUCUCUGUGAAAUGCUACACGAUGUCAUUUUUGAUACCUCAGCAGGGUUGCAAAAGAAUUCCUCUUAUGAUUAUGUUUUUAUUACUGCGCCACAGAAGGUAUACAAUGAACGAUGCACCGAAAAAGGAGAUUUUGAUCUGACAUUUGAAAGCGCUGAAAACUUUACUUUACUUGACCAAAAUGUGCCGAAGAUGUCCAACAUGACACUAAUGUUCUGGAUGAAUACGCUGAAAGCAGACGAAAUGACAGUUUUCGCCUACAGAACGAGGGAAGGUGCGGGGGAAUUUAAGCUUAAAAUGAAGAAAGAAAGGAUAAUGCUGGAAGUUCAAUCGCUGAAAAAGUAUUUCUUUAUUCCCCCAAUAAAUGACGGUUAUUGGCAUCACGUGGCGGUGACAUGGUCUCUUGGGAUAUACAGUGUUUCUCUUGAUGGUACAUUAGAGUACAGUGGUGAUGGUCUUUCCUCUGGCCAACCGUUGAAAGCUGAUGGUGUCUUUGUCAUCGAGAGUUCAUUCUCGGGCAAAUUGAGUCAAUUAAAUGUAUGGAGUGAUUUAAAGUCCGCUACUGCGGAUCUCGAUAUAAAUUCCAAUCCACAAAGCUGUUUAACUGACGAAGUUGGAGAUGUUAUUAAUUGGCGUUCCCUUGAGGACAGCUAUCAUGGCUGUGUGGUUGGCAAAAAACUAAUAAGUUCGUGUAAGCCGCUUCGAAAGAAUCCUGAUUAUGACUUUAUCAUGAAAAAACCAUCAUCAAACGAAUUUAACAUGAUAAAGUUAGGAAGUAUUUCAAGUCUUGAGGCUUUCACAAUAACAACCUGGUUAAAACACGAAGAGAGGACGCAAUAUGACUCAAAAUCUAUGGAAUAUGUUAAAUACCGAAGUGCUAACGGAACAAAGUUGGUGUCACUUUAUUUUACUGCAGAAUAUUUCAUCUUGAAAAUAAUCGGCACUUUUGCAAGGAAAGCAAAGAUUCCAUGGCUUUGGAAUGAAUCUCCAGCAUACUGGCACCAUUUGUCUACGACAUGGUCGAGCGAUUCUGGCCACUGGAAGAUAUAUCUCGAUGGUUCCAUGGUCUCCAUUAUGCAUGAUGUAGCUUCAAAUAUUACCUUUCAUGCACAAGGAAGAAUUUUCUUACAUGGUGGUAUGGUGCACAAUAGCCAUCAAAGUAGACUUAAUGUUUGGAGCUAUGAAAUUGAUGGCCAUGCUUUAUCAUUAAUGGCAAACAAAGGACCAUUGUUUGAAAACGGUAACGUCUUCGCGUGGUAUGGAAUAAAGUCCAAGGUUGCGGCAAGCACAGUCUUCCAAGAAACCUCGAGUGAUCUACACCACUCUCGGUCGGUGUCUGUAUACCAGAUGGAUUUUCCCUCCGCUUCAAAAGAGAACUACGUAUUAAUAAAAGACGUUGUGCAUGAAGCAAUCACGGUCUUCUCCCUUUGCUUUUGGGCAAAAUUUUUGCGCACAUAUGCUGGCGUAUUUGUCUACUCAAGUACAAAGCAUGAUGCAGAAAUUGGGGUCUUUUUAUUCAAUGACUUUGUAUUGGGCCUCUCUAUCAAGCAAUCCGGGAAAAACGGGGCUGUGAUUUCCAGCCACACAUCAUGGCAUUUUUAUUGCCUGCAGUGGAGAAGCAGUGAUGGUUUAGUCCAGACUUAUCAAGACGGAAAAAACCUUGGGACGAGAAUCGAAUCGUCAGGUUACACAAUACCCUCUAAAGGCAUCGUGGUUCUUGGCCAGGAAUUGGAUGGUUAUGGCUCGCGUUUUAAUACCAAUGAGGCAUUUCAAGGAAGCCUUGCAGGGUUAAAUCUCUGGAGCCAAUUUUUGACAGCAAAUAUUAUACAAGGAAUGGCAUCAGGGGUCCUAAAUGUUAACGGAAAUCUUCUCCAAUGGAGAAAUUUCAGAAAUCAUACAUUUGGUAUCGUGACUGUACGACAUGGAUCCGAAGUAGAGAUUCCAGAAUAUCGAGUACAGAGUCUUCGAGAUAAGUGGUGUGCGAAAAACAUCACUGAAGUUUUCACUUAUGCAAGAUUUGUUUUCGGUCCGGACACAGAUGGCUACAAGUGGCGGUGUGUUGCACCUGCGGCCAUGUUGGAUGAAAAUAUGUGUUACAAUAUCACUAAGAAGUCAUCUUUGUACUAUCCCAUGGACACGAACGAAGACAUUUUCGGAAAUAAUUGAAAAAUAUUUCCUUGACAUAAAUAACUUUGAUAUACGUAUAAAUUGGUCCCAAUAUAACAUGCAGGGAGCAGCGUGGCAGCGUCUUCGAACAUGCAAAUUCGCGUCAAAUCAGGUAUAACAACUGCCUUUAGUAACUGCAUACUAACUCUCCUGAUGAAAGCCCUCAGGUCGAAACGUUGAGAAGUAUUUUGUCUAUUUUAGGCAGUCGUUAUACUACAUUUGAUGCUACGUAAAAAUAGGUAAAAUAGAUGGGAUGUAUUUAAAGUUAAUAUGUUUUGUCCCGACUGUCGGUAAUAAUUUUGUAAAUGCUUAAUGCAUGCAAUUACCAAAUAUUUUGGGUUAGAGCUAGGGUCAUCCGAUUGAAUUUUUAACCGUGUGAAUUACUAUGCAGACGCACAACGAAAUUUUGCACUACGCACUCUUCGCACUGUGGUUUUUGGAUCGACGCACUAAGACGAUAAUUUUCCACAAAGGUUAACAUCCACACAAAGUCCUUCGUAUAUAGUUACGAUUACAUAAUAAAAAUAUUAAA